AUGUUCCGGACUUUACAAGGUGUUGCCGUAUCGCUCUGUCUACCGACGUCUGUAGCUAUUGUCUCUCAAGCGGUCCCUGCAGGUAGAAAACGCAAUAUCAGUUAUUCGAUUUUGGGAUUUGUCCAACCGGCGGGCUUUUCGGCUGGGUUGGUCUUGGGCGGUAUCAUGGUUAAUACCAUCGGGUGGCGAUAUGGGUAUUAUAUCUCUGGUGGAUUGACUCUGGCGUUGUUCGUGGUUAGUAUUUGGUCUCUACCGGCCGACCGUCAUGGUAAUGCAGGACGAAUCGGUUGGGCCAGGCUCCGAAACGAGAUCGAUUGGAUUGCCGGCGUUCUAUCAUGUGCUUGUUUAGCCAUGUUAUCGUACAUUCUUGCAGCUCUGACGAAUGAUGUCUCCAACAUUAAGAUCCCCGGAAAUAUCGUUAUUCUCGUGAUCUGCGUGAUACUUAUGCCGGUGUUCAUACUUUGGGAACAACGUCAAGAGCGACUCGGAAAAGCGGUACUCAUUCCAAGCUCACUAUGGCGCAACGCCGUUUUCACAAAUGUGUGCUUGAUGGUCAUAUUUUCAUGGGCAGUGAUUAAUGUCAUGGAAUUGUAUUGCAGUUUGUUUUUCCAACAAGUCCAAGGCCUAUCUGCACUUCAAGCCUCACUUCGCAUCUUACCCAGCGUCGUGAUCGGGUCGAUAUGUCAGCUGAGUACAGGACUAUUAGUCCAUCGCAUAUCGGCAUUUUACCUAGUUGUCGGAUCAACCCUACUUAGCGCAGGAGCACCCCUAUUAAUGGCCGUGAUCAACGUCCAAUGGCCAUACUGGUACGAUGCCUUCUUCGCACAACUAUUGGCCCCUCUCAGCGCCGAUAUACUCUUCACAGUGGCUUUACUGGUGAUUUCGGACGUAUUUCCUCAAAAGACGCAAGCCUUGGCUGGGGCAGUUUUUAAUACUGUCUCUCAAUUUGGGAAUUCGCUUGGUCUGACGGUUAUGGCUGUCAUAUCGUCCGUGACUACGAAGCAUGCUGCAGCAUCACCAGCAGAUGACGAGUCUCGGGAACCGCUUUUGGUGGGCUAUAGGGCUGGAUUUUGGGGUGCGUUUGCGUGGAUGAUGUGUGCUUUUGUUAUUGGGGGGUAUGGGUUACGGAAGAUUGGCAAGGUUGGAUUGAAGAGGGAUUAAUCUGAUACUGUUUAUUGAUUCAUGUGAAUGGGGCAGAAUGUACAUAAUAUGAACGCUUACCGUUUUUGACAAUUUGGUCAUUGCUUACUGAUCGUAUUUUGGAUAUACGAAGGAAUGCACACUCAGCUCUGAUUCACGGCGCAUAUUCACC